AUGCAUUCAAUAGUGGAGUACGUCGGAUCCACCAAGGGUGGUCACUGUGGUUAUUGUAAGAGUGAGGAUUCGUCGAAAUCCGCUGUCGGUAUGAUGGCUUAUUCUCUGAGUGUACAACACUAUAACGCUCUCUUAGAUAGAGGCUUACGAAGGUCUGGUCGUUACUUAUACAAGCCGGACAUCAUGGAAACUUGCUGUCCGCAGUAUACGAUUCGCCUGGAUACAAAUAAGUUUGUUUUGUCACGCACACAAAAACGUGUUCUACGACGCAUGAACGAUUUUCUGAUGUAUGAUUAUCGACCAAAGAAAGCAAUUCGUGGUUGUGACACCAGAAAGAAAAGCACUGAGCCAAGUGAGCACCAGUCGGAGAAGAUCGCUCCACGGUUGGAUGAUAUACCCAAACGGGAUGAUGGUAGAUCCAAGAAGAUGAAUAAAAACGAAGAUAUCAAGUUUGUUGACGAGGAAAAUGGUGAUAGUAAUUGUGUUGUUGGAAAAGGGGUUGACAAGCGAGAUCGUGGAAAGAAGAAGAAAACAAUCCGACGAGAACGAGCUUUUGCGCGAAUGCGAUCGAAAGGAAUCAACAUUGAAGAAGUAAUGAAGAGGAGAGCUGCAAAAGAAGAAGCACGACGUCGUACACUUGAAUCAUUUAUAUUGCCUUAUGAUGCCAGCAAAUUUGAACAUCACUUGCAGGUUCGUCUUGUGAAAGUUGGUUCGAAUGAAUUCAAUGAAAUAGCAGAUGAAAGUUUUGAAGUUUUUCUGAAAUAUCAAACGAUCAUUCAUAAUGACACGGACCGCAGCAGACGAAGCUACGAGAAUUUCUUGGUUAAUUCGCCGUUAUUCGACAGCGACCAGUCGGAAGAAAACCGAAAUAAAGUACUCUUCGACCAUUUCAAUCCAUUCCAUCACAGUAUUUGUUCGCUAAAUGGGAAUCCUCGUUCUUUCGUUGCAUUCUCUGUUGAAUUUCUGUUUCCAAAAUCACCUUUAAUUUCUCUACAAAGGUGA